GGGGAGUUCGUCUCUUGGAACAAUCUCGUAAAAUCGAAAUUCGAGAUUCCUUUCUGCUGAGUCGUUCUAGUAAUCACAUAGGAUCACAGAGGCCUUUGUUCCAAUUCCAAAGUGGAUGAUCUGCGGCUGAUGAUGUUGCUGGAGUCGAACUGGACUGCAGGAAACUGCGAAGAAGUCUCGCCUCACUCUUUGCCCCAGUGAAACAAGUAACUAGCUUAACGGCACUGUCGCGGGGCUAAUGGUUCGUGCUCUAUUGUUAUGUGAAGCGAACUGAAAGAAAUGCCGUGACGUCCACUUCGUUCCUUUAUAAAAACAUUUUGCGAUAGACUUUCGGCACACAGUUCAGCAUCCAGCUUCGAACAAGUGUCAAUGAUGUCGGGUCUCGUGAGGAGUAUGAGUGCUACGACAGUGACGCUGGUGUUCUGUUGCUGGGCUCUGAUGUGCACGGGUGCUUCUCUGACGGGACGCUGCAAGGUCAAACGUCACACGCAUAAGGCUAUGCAGACAGACCUUAAUGGAAGACGGUGCUGGGAUGAUGUUAAGAUCACUGGCUGUGGAGGAUACUGUCUUUCUUAUGAGAUUUCCGACUGGCAGUUUCCGUACAAACAGUCCCAUCACCCUGUGUGCGUGCAUGGGGACCGUAAGCACGCUUCAGUGAAACUGCGUCACUGCGACCCCGGGGUACAACCCGGCACUGACAUUUACCACUACGUUGAAGCUACCUCCUGCAGAUGUCAGGCAUGUUCAUCGGAGGAUACUAGUUGCGAGUGGCUACCCCCUGACUCUACACUUCUUGGAGGACUAGUUCUCAGGGAGGAAAUAGAAGAAGAGUUGGAACAAAAUACUUUUUAAAAUACACGAUUUUAUUAAUUACUGCUGUACUUAUACAUGUGGAAAAAGGGCCAA